CUUUCACGAGGGCAAUAUUAAUAAUUCUAAAUUAUUUUAUAAAUAAGGUGCCAUCAUAAGUAACAAUUAUAAAGUUGAAUCAGAUAUACUUUUUAAAGUUUUAGAUCAAAAACUCAUGAUAGAAUUUGAUUCAAACAAAUUCUGAUUGCUAAUAUCCCAUUUUCUAGUAUCUUUAGAAAGAGAUCUAAGUAAUAUCUUUCUUCGAAUUGAUAUGGGCUAAUAAGUCACAUGGUAAAUAUUCAUAUAUGUAAUUAAUAGACUUUGAUAAAUUAGAAAUCAUGACUUUUCAUCUGCCAAGAACUUGCUGAAAGUUCUUUCAAUAUUGUUACCAAUUUUUAAUAUCCUAUACUUUUGUGAAAUGGAAAUUAAAAUCAUAAUCUUGUUUCUCUUGAGGAUUACACAUUUUGAAGUUUAUGAAUCUAUAAUUCUAGCAUGUUGUGAACUACAAAGUUACCUUUCUGAAUCAACUGUUUUUUAUUAAUUUUGAGGUGUUAAUGUUUAAGAAUUUAUUUUCCUUUAGCAAACUUCAGGAAAAUAUGUAAAAGCUAACAGUUCAUUUUUGACUAUUCUAAAAAAACUUGCAUUGUUCCUGUUUUUUAAAAUGUUGGGUAUGUUUUUUCCACCCCUCCCCCAACUGAGGCAGAGUUUCAUAGGACUUCUUGUGGUUAGAAGGGUGAGGCAGAUUCAGAAAUAAACGUCAGCUUCCUUUGUGGCUUACCCUCCCCCCUUCUUUCACAUUUUAUUGUGUAUUCUAGAAUGCAGAAGGGUAACUUCUGGACCUUUUUGCUGCUAGGAAAUCUAGUCAGCCUUGCCUAUCUAGGAGGAAAAUUUGCUGUGGUUAGACAAUGUAUAUCAAAAUCUACUGGCCAAGAAUAUGCUGCAAAAUUUCUCAAAAAGAGAAGAAGAGGACAGGACUGUCGAGCAGAGAUUUUGCAUGAGAUUGCUGUGCUUGAAUUGGCAAAGUCUUGUCCCCGAGUUAUUAAUCUUCAUGAAGUCUACGAAAAUACAAGUGAAAUCAUUUUGAUAUUGGAAUUUGCUGCAGGUGGAGAAAUUUUCAACCUGUGUUUACCUGAGUUGGCUGAAAGGGUUUCUGAAAACGAUGUUAUCAGACUUAUUAAACAAAUACUUGAAGGAGUUUAUUAUCUACAUCAGAAUAACAUUGUCCACCUUGAUUUAAAGCCACAGAAUAUAUUAUUGAGCAGCAUAUGCCCUCUUGGGGAUGUAAAAAUUGUAGAUUUUGGAAUGUCUCGAAAAAUAGGGAAUGCAUGUGAACUUCGGGAAAUUAUGGGAACACCAGAAUACUUAGCUCCAGAAAUCCUGAACUAUGAUCCCAUUACCACGGCAACAGAUAUGUGGAAUAUUGGUAUAAUAGCAUAUAUGUUAUUAACUCAUACAUCACCAUUUGUGGGAGAAGAUAAUCAAGAAACAUACCUCAAUAUUUCUCAAGUUAAUGUAGACUAUUCAGAAGAAACUUUUUCAUCAGUUUCACAGCUGGCCACAGACUUUAUCCAGGGUCUUUUAGUUAAAAAUCCAGAGAAAAGACCAACAGCAGAGAUCUGCCUUUCUCAUUCUUGGCUACAGCAAUGGGACUUUGGAAACUUGUUUCACCCUGAAGAAACUUCCAGUUCCUCUCAAAUUCACGAUCAUACAGUAAGGUCCUCUGAAGACAAGACUUCCAAAUCCUCUUGUAAUGGAACCUGUGGCGAUCGAGAGGACAAAGAGAAUAUCCCAGAGGAUAGCAGCGUGGUUUCCAAAAGAUUUCGCUUUGAUGACUCAUUGCCCAAUCCCCAUGAACUUGUUUCAGAUUUGCUCUGUUAGCACUUUUUUCUUUGACUCAUUUGGACUGAAUUUGAAAUUUUAUAUCCACUCCAGUGUGAGAUUGUGGUUUGAGGCUUCAUAUAUGGCAUGUUUAUAUUGUAAAUGCACUUUUGCCUAGAAGAAUUUAGGGAAGUGUUUUUAAUACCAAAUUACUUAGUAGCUAGUAUAAUAUAAUUUCCUAUCCUGAGAAAGCUCCGCAAAGAAGAAAAUAUUUAAAUAUAUGACAAAACAUAAAAUUCUACAUGUGAGUUCACAUGUUAAUGAAAGAAUUCAAGUUCAAGUGAACUUACCAAAAUGUUUCACAUAUC